UGUGUUUUGUUUCUCAUGGUGUGUGUGUUGUUCAGCAUCAUGAAGGCCGAGCGGACCGGCGUGGACAUUCCCGUGUACGACCUCUCGCUGAUCCGAGACCUGUGGGAGGGACGAGUGAAGAAGCAGAAGCAGCGGCAGAAGAAGGAGGAGGAGCGCAUCAGUCAAAGUGCUCUAGCCAAGGUGAAUCAGCAGUGGCAGUAUCGCAUCGCGUGCCGGAAGCUGAAGAGCGCUGAGGUCUUGGCCCUGCAGUGUUACCUGGACCGGUCAUGUGAUCAACUACACACUCUACACACACUACACAACGACACUGACACGGAGAACAAGAAGUUCAUUUUUGAGCUCAAUGGAGACAAAUGGAUGAAAUUACCUGAAGAUCUCCAGUUUAUGACGUACCUGAGGGAAUGGCACAUCCACGCAACGAAGAUUCGCGAGAUUCCCUCGUACAUCGAGGCGUUCGUGGAUCUGCGUGUUCUGGACGUUCCCAAGAACGGACUGACGAGGAUUCCUGUGGAAAUCGGAAAACUGAUCAGCCUGAGGGAAUUAAAUGUGAAUUAUAAUAAACUGAUGAGCAUUCCAGCUGAACUCGGAGAAUGCGAGAAUCUAGAACGACUAGAGAUGACGGCGAACAGAAGCCUGUCUGAGCUUCCCUUCGAGCUGCGGAAUCUGAAGAAACUGAAGCACUUGGAUGUGUCGGAGAACCAGUUUCCCAGCAUCCCGAUCUGUGUUCUGCGCAUGGAGAACCUGAAGUGUUUAGACAUCAGCAACAACAGACUCACUGACCUGCCGGAGGACAUCGACCGGCUCGAGGCGUUAGAGACGCUGUUCCUCCACAGGAACCGAGUGCGCCGCGUCCCGAUGCCGAUGACGAACCUCGUUCACCUGAAGAUGCUGGUCAUCAGCGCCGACGAGCUCUACAGCAUCCCGUCGAAGAUCGUCGACAGUCCCGACAUCAAAUUAAUCCGACUUUACGACAACCCGAUCAGCGCUCCGGCUGCAGACGCGCACGAGCCGGACGCAGAAGCCCAGGAUCAACACGAGAAGGAGUUCAUGAAAACAUACAUCGAGUCUCUUCAGGACAGAGACACUCAACCGAUGUACACCACUAAAGUGUCCUUCAGCUGCUUGCUGUAGAAGAUGAAGAACACACACCAUCAUCUUCAUCAUCAUCCAGCCAUCAGUGUGAUCCGGUUAUUAGUUUUCUCAUUCCGAGUGCAAUCCACAUUUAAAUGCAGGUUAUGCUGUCGAUAAGUUUUAGCAUCUAAAAGGUUUGGAUUUCUUUUGUAGCAGCACUUUUCUAUUUUUUUGUUUUAUUUGUUUUCCAAAUAUC